AUGUAUCCAUACGUCGUCUUACGUCAGCCGUACCAAGCCUUUUCAAGACAUAAGUGGUAUCAAACACAGAGCUGA